AAGUUUAAAUCAAAUAUUACUUUAUGAGAGGCGGCAUAUGGACCAACAAAACCUCAUCUCUUCUUCAAUCUCAUCCUCAAACUGAAAAACUCUCACUCCGAUGAGUUCCAUAGGCCAAAGCAUUCUGAUGGCCCUCGCCGUCACUCUCAACAAAUUUGCUUCCUCAAACGUUCAAUCCGUUCAGAGAAACCAAGCCAACAAGCCUCGCACCGCCACCGCCACCACCGGUUCUACAAUCGGAAGAAGAGGCCUCCUAUUGUCCGCUGUUGCCGCCGCUGCCGCCACACCUGAAGAAGCCGUGGACUCCAGAACCGAGCUGCUAAAAAGGUACCUCAAGAAGUCUGAAGAAAACAAAGAAAAGAAUGACAAGGAGAGAUUGGAAAGUUACUACAAGCGAAAUUACAAAGAUUAUUUUGAGUUUGUUGAAGGAUCAGUGAAGAAUAAGAACGAACUUUCAGAAGCUGAAAAAGGUAUUAUUGAGUGGCUUAAACGAAAUAAAUGAAAGACCCUUUUUUAGUUGCAUUUGAUAAAUUCAUUUAUAAGUUCUAUUCCUUUCAACAAUUAUAACAAUAGUUUGAAUUCACACCUCUAAUUUAUUUAUAGUUUUAUGAUUUUAAAAAUAAAGCACAUUUAGUGAUA